AUGGCGCAAGCAGACAAGUCAUCGAAUGCCAAAAUAGCUAGUAAUCCUUUUUCUGUUGACAGGCGUAAACAAAUCUCAGUACGAGAAAUACCACAAUUCGAGAAUGUUCAAGAAAUCAAGAAAUCUUUCAACCGUCAUUUACAUUAUACUGAAUUGAAAGAUCGUAAUAAUGCUACUGGUCGCGACUUCUAUUUUGCACUAGCCCAUACCGUCCGAGAAUAUAUCGCUAGUCGUUGGAUUCGUUCACAGCAAACUUAUUAUAAAAAAGAUUGUAAGAGGGUUUAUUAUUUAUCCAUGGAAUAUUACAUGGGGCGAGCCUUGACUAAUACAAUGAUCAACGCAAGAAUUUACGCGGAAUGUGACGAAGCUAUGUACGAGCUCGGUCUAGAAAUGGAGGAGUUAGAAGAAAAGGAAGAAGACGCCGGCUUAGGUAACGGGGGACUUGGACGCUUGGCUGCUUGCUUCCUGGAUUCACUUGCUACUUUAUCAUAUCCUGCUUAUGGUUAUGGGAUUCGCUACGAAUAUGGCAUCUUUACUCAAAAAAUUGUCAAUGGAAAUCAGAUUGAGGAGCCUGAUGAUUGGUUGCGCUAUGGUAAUCCAUGGGAAAAGCCAAGGCCUGAAUAUAUUAUUCCAGUAAACUAUUAUGGACACGUAGAAGAACAUGAUGGUGUUUGCAAGUGGGUUGAUACGACUCAAGUUAUGGCUAUGCCUUAUGAUACACCAAUCCCAGGAUACGAUAAUAAUACCGUGAACACGCUUAGACUAUGGUCUUGCAAAUCUUCAAAAGACUUCGAUUUAUCACACUUUAAUGCUGGAGACUACGUACAGGCUGUCUGUGAUCGUAAUCUAGCCGAAAAUAUCAGCCGCGUACUAUAUCCCAAUGACAACUUUUUUAUUGGCAAAGAGCUACGCUUGAAACAAGAAUAUUUUUUGGUUGCUGCUACCCUUCAUGAUAUCGUUCGUAGAUAUAAAGCUGCAAUACAACUUAAUGAUACUCAUCCAGCUCUUGCAAUUCCGGAAUUAAUGAGGAUUCUAGUCGAUAUUGAACAAUUAUCCUGGGAGAAGGCCUGGAAUAUAUGCAAUAGUACCUUUGCUUAUACCAAUCAUACGCUACUGCCUGAAGCACUAGAACGUUGGCCUGUAUCGAUGCUGGAACAUGUCCUACCACGUCAUCUGCAGAUUAUUUACAAAAUUAAUCACCAUCAUUUAGAAAAUAUAUCGAAAUUGUAUCCCGGAGACUUUGAUCGAAUUAAAAGAAUGUCUCUUGUGGAGGAAGAAGGAGAAAAACGAAUCAACAUGGCGUUUUUAGCUAUCAUCGCUUCACACAGUAUUAAUGGGGUUGCAGAACUUCAUUCAUCAUUACUAAAAUCCUUGGUAUUUAAGGAUUUUUAUGAGCUGUCACCAGAAAAGUUUCAGAACAAGACAAAUGGCAUUACCCCUCGACGUUGGAUCGUUUUAUGUAAUCCAGGCUUGUCAGAUCUUAUAUCGGAGAAAAUCAAUGAUGAUUGGAAGAUAAAUCUAUAUGAGCUAAAGAAACUUCAAGAAUUCAAGAAUGAUAAAACAUUUUUGCAAUCCCUUUACCAAGUAAAACAGGAUAACAAAAGGCGCUUUGCUAAAUACAUUGAAGACACAUUUGGGGUUAAAUUAAAUCUUGCUUCGAUAUUCGAUAUCCAAGUAAAACGUCUGCAUGAAUACAAGCGCCAGCUGUUGAAUGCACUCCAUAUGAUUACAUUGUACAAUCGUAUUAAGAAAGAUCCUAAUGCUUCGUUUGUUCCACGAAGCAUUAUGAUAGGCGGUAAGGCUGCACCUGGAUAUUAUGUUGCAAAGAAAAUAAUCCUUUUAAUAAAUAGCAUUGCGAAAAUAAUAAAUAAUGACCCCAUUGUCGGUGAUCGCUUGAAAAUUGUCUUCCUCGAGAACUAUAAAGUGUCAGUGGCGGAAAAAGUAUUUCCCGCUGCUGAUCUUUCCGAACAGAUAUCAACAGCUGGUACUGAAGCUUCCGGAACUGGAAAUAUGAAAUUUAUGGCUAAUGGAGCUUUAACGAUUGGUACUUUGGACGGGGCUAAUGUCGAAAUGUUGGAAGAAAUGGGUGAAGACAAUAUGUUCAUAUUUGGAAUGACAGUGAAAGAAGUAGAAAGUCUGAAGCGUAAAGGCUAUGAUGCAAGAAAAUUUUACGAAGCUAAUGAAGAACUAAAAAUGGCAAUUGAUCAAAUCAAGGACGGCGUCUAUUCUCCUACACAACCAGACCUCUUUCAUGAUCUUGUUGAUAUACUGCUUUACCAUGAUAGGUUUUGCUUACUGGCUGAUUAUGAAUCAUAUGUGAAAUGUCAAGAGAGAGUUAGUGAAGCUUAUAAGGACCGAAUAGCCUGGACUAGGAUGUGCCUGCUAAAUAUUGCUAAUUGCGGAAAAUUUUCUAGUGAUCGGACAAUUAAUGAAUAUGCUAAGGACAUAUGGGACAUAAAACCAGUGACCGUGGAUAUGGCUUAA